CAGAGGAGGCAGGGGAGGUGGUUCUGUUGGCUGGCUGGCUGGCUUGGCUGGCGGGCUGCUCGCUUGCUCGGGACUCUGCAGGAGAGGGGACGAGAGGGAGAGGAGGAGGAGGAGGAGAAGGAGAAGAAAGGAAAGAGGGGGCGAUCGGGGAGUGAGCGAGCGCAAGAGAGAAGAACUGGAGGCAUUGAGAUCGGACAUCAGACAAUAGAGACAGGCGCAGAGGUUCUCAGAGAGCGUCGGUUGCGAGUCUCGGAGCGAGGGCGCAGAUUUUAGUAAUAAUUUGGUCAGCUAUGGCGUACGGGGACGCUUCGUCAUGGCUGCAUGCCUUGCUCUACAUCUCGCCCUACACGUUCUCUGCUCUGGGAAUCGCCUUGUCAAUCGGUGUCUCGGUUCUAGGCGCAUCCUGGGGAAUAUACAUCACAGGAAGCAGUUUGAUUGGCGCAGCUAUCAAGGCUCCUCGCAUUACGUCGAAGAAUUUGAUCAGUGUUAUUUUCUGUGAGGCGGUGGCGAUCUACGGAGUUAUUGUGGCCAUUAUCCUUCAAACAAAAUUGGAGAGCGUAGCCAGCAGCCAGCAGCACUAUCCUGAAUCUAUGCGAGCUGGUUAUGCCCUAUUUGCUUCAGGCAUCAUCGUUGGUUUCGCCAAUCUCGUCUGCGGAUUAUGCGUGGGCAUCAUCGGAAGCAGUUGUGCAUUGUCAGAUGCACAAAAUUCCACGUUGUUUGUAAAGAUUUUGGUCAUUGAGAUUUUUGGCAGUGCGCUUGGGCUUUUUGGUGUUAUUGUGGGCAUCAUUAUGUCGGCCCAAGCAUCAUGGCCAGCUGCACAUAUGUGAGGAGGACUUGAUUAUUAUUUGUCUUUUAUGUUCUGAAGUUUUUGAGGUGUAUAUUAGAGUGACCUGGACAAGUUGUCAGAAAAGGUUUGGCCAGUCACAGAGUUACCGGUACAUUCUAAGAGAUCCCUUGCGAAAGCAUGAGAUUAUUUCGUGUAGAGAAGCUUCAAAUAAUGAGGCAAACUUCCACCUGUGGAUGUGGAAUAUCACUCUUUAGUUUUGUAAGUGUGCUUUGUGAUUUACUGUCCUGCCAACCCAUUUGCAGCUGUCAUGGGUAAGCUUGUCUAGGUGUACAUUUUCCACGUUUCCAGGAAACUUGGGCUCCUUCGUAUGUUGCCAGUUGGAGAAAGAAGUGAUGUUUUGGACCAUCUCUUUUCUAGUGAGAGAUUCGUGUGAGAUAAUAUUUUUAUAGCGAGUGUCCUAGAUAUGGGCAUGAAUUUUGAUCUACUCUCUGUACCAAGCUUAAGCAAGUUAUCCUCUAAAGUGAUUAAAAUGUCAUCUGUGCAGUAUCUUCCUUCCUCCUGCAAAGAAGUACCGCACACAUGGCUACCUGAAAGCAAUUUUUUCCCCC